AUGGCAUCAUUCUUCAAGACAGUGGACACAAUGGCUAAAUUUCCGAAUACUCUCGGUGUACUGGCUGGUAACGAACUGAUCAACAAUGAUGCCACGCUGCCUGUAGCAGCUGUUCUCAAAGCCGUUGUUCGCGAUCUGAAGAAGCACAUGAAGCUCCAAAAUGAAGCUUGUGGACAACGCAUACUUCCUAUCGGAUACAAUGCGGCUACAAGCGGUGCGAGAGACAAGGAAGUGCUGGAAUAUCUGACUGUUGGUGAGGAUCAUAUCUCGAUCGAUUUCUGGACGUGUAAAAAUUACGACUUGAAGGGGCUUUCAGAUGUUACUAGACUCGAAUAUGACGACUUGCUUCAUAGAUUCACCAACACUUGCAUCCCGAUCUUUCUGUCAGAAUACGGCAACAACUCUCAGAAACCCCGCCUUUUUCAAGAAACAACCACCUUGUACUCGUCCGCAAUGAGCCGCGUUUUCUCUGGCGGAUGCGUAUACGAGUUUUGGCAAAACACAAAUGGUUAUGGGUUAGUCGAGAUGCCAAAACAUCGAGGCGACAAGCAAAUUCCAGCGCAUAAGCAAAAUUCUGAAAGUGACAGUUUGAUAUAUGAGAGACGAGAGACGGACAGGGGAGUGUUGCUUAUUCUGAGAGAUUUUGUCAAUUACAAGACCAGAUUGGCCGAGAUUGGCGACAUCGAAGUGGAAAUUGAUGAAGAGAGUACUGAAAAGAAAAAAGAAAAGCAAGAAACUGGCACGGAAGCUAUCGGGGGGUGGCAGGCUAAUCUUCACGUGCCAGAAAGCUGUGUUGAUUGGGUUUCCAUCAAAGGAAGUUUUGAAAGGAUGAAAUUUCUAUGGUAA